UCUUUCUUCCCCCAUCCGUCCAGCCAUCCAUCAAGCCAUUCAUCGCAGUGUGGACGCGUGCGACUCCCUUCCCUAGAAUUGACUGACUUGCCCUGCCCUGCCCUGCCGGCCUUCCCCAGCGAAAGAGAGAGAGGAGGAGCCAUGGCGCCGCGGAAGCUGUACGGGAUGCCGCUGUCGCCCAACGUGGUGCGCGUGGCCACCGUGCUCAACGAGAAGGGCCUCGACUUCGAGAUCGUCCCCGUCGACCUCCGCACCGGCGCCCACAAGACACCGGAAUUCCUCGCCCUCAACCCUUUCGGCCAGAUCCCUGCGUUGCAGGACGGAGAUGAAGUUCUCUACGAGUCCCGGGCCAUCAACCGGUACAUCGCUUCCAAGUACAAGUCGGAGGGCCCCGACCUGCUCCCGACCCCGUCGGCGAAGCUGGAGGUGUGGCUGGAGGUGGAGUCGCACCACUUCUACCCCAACGUGUCGCCGCUGGUGUUCCAGCUCCUCAUCAAGCCGCUCCUGGGCGGCGCCCCGGACCCCGUGGUCGUCGACAAGCACGCGCACCAGCUCGCCAAGGUGCUCGACGUCUACGAGGCGCACCUCGCCGGCAACAAGUACCUCGCCGGCGACGAGUUCUCGCUCGCCGACGCCAACCACAUGUCCUACCUCUUCUGCCUCAGCAAGACCCCCAAGGCGGGCCUCGUCGACGAGAGGCCCCACGUCAAGGCCUGGUGGGAGGACAUCGCCGCCCGCCCCGCCUUCAAGAAGACCGUCGCCGCCAUGCCCCUGCCGCCGCCGCCGCCAUCCCCCUGCCGCCGCCGCCGCCGUCCGCCUGAGCUCAAAGCUCAAUUAGCUAGGUGGUGGUACAUCAUCCGUUGAAUAAAAAUAAAAACUGCGCGUUGGAUUGGGUGUGCUCAAUUAUGUGAAAGAGCGCGGUGAUGUGGAAUUUGCCUUUAAUUUACUCCUCACUCCUCAGAUAUUAUUCUCUUCGUGCUGGCUUCUAGUAAUUGUUCGUGUGAUUAACGGUAUGCCAGGUGUUGUAGAGUUGAUCAUUUGGGAACUUCGAUGAUCGCCUUUUUUCCCCCCUUA